AACAUUUGCCAGUAAUUUUCCAUAGAGUUCUCUAUACAGUGAUGACUUCAUAAGGCUUGGAUGUUUUCUGUGCUUUUGCAUAGCAUGAACUGAAAUGAUAACCUCUCUGCCAUUAAAUGUGAAGUAACUACACUGACUUUGGCAGAGCUAUUUUGGACAUACAGCCAUUUUAAUAAGAUUUACAUAUGGCUCUGUAUGUGCAUAGAAGACCAACAGUGGAUUUGGAGCACACUAAACUGAAUAACAAUCAACACAUUUACUUGUCUGCCUGCAUGCUUUCUUGAAUACGGACUGAAAGGAUGCAAGCACAGAAUUUGCAUUUCUGAAGAGGCAUGUUUAAUACUGCUUUUCAGGAAGAUGCAUCCCUCUUACUGCUAAGUAUGGGGUGACUUCACAGCAGUGUCAGUGUGAAUUCCCCUACCAUUUUUUAUUAUGUGCUUGACCUAUACUGAACCAGGUCAAGCCUAAAGAGUGUGUGCUCUAAGGCUAUGUCUACAUGGAGACAUUACACUGAGGUAAUUUAAGUUUGUUCACCUUACAGUAUCUUGCAAUAUAGACAUUUCUUUCUCCCUCAAGGCAAAUGUUUUAAACACAGUGACUAACUGUAAUAUUCAUAUAGGCAGGUUCUUAACUAUACCAGCUGAUUCCACGAAUGACCCCUUUUUACAUUGCAUCAUUCUGGAACUACCCUGACUUUGCUCUUGCAAGCCUCUCCUAUUGUAGAGUCACUGUUUCCAUUUAGAUGUGGAUUUCAAUACCUGAGAACCAAGGAAGUCCAUUUUCCAUAUUAUUUAGGAAUGAAUUAAAUUAGCCAUCGAAACUUUCCAACUAUGGUUUCUCCACAUACAUUCCUAGGUUCUGGGCUUGACUAUUAUCUUUGGCAAAACGUGUAUCUGUCCUUCUAAAUAAAAAUUAAGAGAACAGAAGUAUCUGCAAAGCCUUGCCAGAAAACAGGAACAUGAGAAAGGCACAUGACCAAGGAUGUCAACAGGAUUAUUUCAUUAGAUCUGCAAGAUCCACAGGAUUGUGCCCUGUUAUGGGUGUUCUCACUAGUUAACCCACUGAUAUAAAACCAGUUUGCUGCCCAGCAUUUGCAGUAGAGGAGGUGAGUUUUCAGAGUGACAGCAACACUUGGACACGUUGCUGGGGUCCCACCUAGUAGUGUCGUUGCCAGCAUAUCACUUCUGCACCACUGUCAUGUCUGACUGGUCACUUCCAGUUGAACUACUGUUACACUCAAAAACUUGUUAUGAGCAAAAAGGAGACACACCUUGUAUGUAAAUUUAUUGUAUGUAUGUAUUGUUAGUGUAACAAAUUUUAACAGUUAAUUAUUAUUAGUCUAGAUCUAGUUACAAGAGAGGAGAGUCAAGAGGAGAAAACAGACUACUGCUAUGCUACUACAAGAAAAAAAACAAUAUAUGCACAUUUCCUACUAUCCACCUUUUUUUUUUUAAUGUUAUGUUCACACUUGCACUGAUGCUGUCCGUCUAACAGUCAGUGGCUAAAAUGCGAAUAGUGAGGAAAUGCCAGCUGUCAGCAUCCCAGGUCAUUCUCUAGGAUGAGCAUGAUGUUGAUGGUGGUUUCGUUUUCCUCAUUUUUUGUCUGCUUAGGAGCAUUUUUAUGUUUGCUGCCAACUUUACAUCAUGUUUUUCUUUAUUUGCCUUCAAAUCGUACAAUUACACCUGAAUUUCCUAGCUUUCACAACUAAACAAACAACAGAACAGCUUGAGGCAGGUUAAGGCAAAUUCAGACAAAACAAUCCUGAUAAGCCUCAGUCCUGAGGCCUUACAAAAUCAGCAUAAAGCCUGUGGCCUGUCACUAGCAGUGAUAGUACUCUAUUUAAUGGGCUACGAGACUACAUUAGCCCUAGAAGUGUUUUCCUCUCAUUACAGCCACGGCAGAUAAAUGCUCUACUGUGUGCAGUAGUCACCAGAGCUGAAUAUUUCAGCAUAAUUGCAGAUUUUGAUCCCUCACUGGGAUCCAGCAUCAAACAGAAAGGUAAGACAGAUGUAAAGAUCUGGUUGAUACGGCCAUUUAAUGCCCAAUUCAACUGGUGCCAGGGUCCAAGGUGGUUGGUGUAGUCAAAAAAACAGUACGCAGCAGUAGUUUGAGAUGCAGGCUGACAAAUCACAAGCCAUGGGAGAAGUGAGACAAAAACUACAGAUUGCCUUAAAACCGCAACCUUCUUUUGCUUUUUUCAACUUCAGCUUUAUCUGCAGAAACAAAAAUUGAUAUGGCAAAGUGGUGUUUUAUGGUUGAUGCCCUGUAUCUUUACAAUGGAUGUAAGGCUGAAGACCACAUAGCUUCAGAACCAAGGAUUAAAAAACUGGAACCAGUACUUUUGCCAGGUGAAAUUGUGGUAAAUGAAGUAAAUUUUGUAAGAAAAUGCAUCGCAACAGAUACAAGUCAAUAUGACCUGUGGGGCAAAUUGGUUUGCACUAACUUCAAGAUUUCCUUUAUUACGGAUGACCCAAUGCCACUACAGAAAUUCCAUUAUAAAAACCUCCUCCUUGGUGAACAUGAUGUCCCACUAACAUGCAUUGAGCAGAUUGUCACAGUGAAUGACACCAAGAGGAAGCAGAAGGUCCUUGGUCCCAACCAAAAACUUAAAUUUAAUCCAACUGAAUUAAUAAUUUAUUGCAAAGACUUCCGUAUUGUCAGAUUUCGUUUUGAUGAAGCAGGUCCCGAAAGUGCAAAAAAGGUGUGCCUUGCAAUAGCUCAUUAUUCUCAGCCAACAGAUCUUCAGCUUCUCUUUGCAUUUGAGUAUGUUGGAGAAAUAUAUCAUAAUCCAGCAAAGAAGGUGAAUGGAAUAGACCCAGGAGGUGGUGGUGGUGGCAUCGGCAGUGCCAGUGGUCAGCAGACGCCUUUGUUUGAAACUUACUCUGAUUGGGAUAGAGAAAUCAAAAGGACAGGUGCAUCAGAGUGGAGAGUUUGUUCAGUCAAUGAAGGUUAUAUGAUAUCUACUUGCCUUCCAGAAUAUUUUGUGGUUCCAUCUUCCUUAGCAGAUCAAGACCUUAAGCUAUACUCCUACUCUUUUAUUGGGAGACGAAUGCCAUUAUGGUCCUGGAAUCACCCUAACGGGAGUGCCCUUGUAAGAAUGGCCAACAUUAAAGACGUGUUGCAACAAAGAAGAAUUGAUCAAAGGAUUUGUAAUGCAAUAACUCGAAGCCAUCCCCUGAGAAGUGACGUUUACAAAUCUGAUCUGGACAAGUGUCUCCCGAACAUCCAGGAAAUCCAGGCUGCACAUAUCAAACUCAAACAGCUCUGUGUUAAUGAGCCUUUUGAAGAAACUGAAGAGAAGUGGCUAUCCUCACUGGAAAAUACUCACUGGUUAGAGUAUAUUAGAUCGUUUCUUAAGCAUUCUGCUGAGCUUGUAUAUAUGAUGGAGUGUAAGCAUGUUUCUGUAAUUCUACAAGAGGAAGAGGGACGGGACCUGAGCUGUCUUGCUGCUUCUCUCAUUCAAGUCAUGCUGGAUCCCUAUUUUCGAACAAUUGUUGGAUUUCAAAGCUUAAUACAGAAGGAAUGGGUCAUGGCGGGAUAUCAGUUUUUAGAUAGGUGUAACCACUUAAAGAGAUCUGACAAAGAGUCUCCUUUGUUCUUGAUGUUUCUUGACUGUGUUUGGCAGCUGCUAGAACAAUACCCAGCAGCCUUCGAGUUUUCUGAAAUGUACCUGACUAUAUUGUACGACAGUGCACGUAUCUCAUUGUUUGGCACUUUCCUUUUCAAUUGUCCUCAUCAGCGAGUAAAGGAAAGCACUGAAUUUGCCAUAAGCAAAAAUAUUCAGCUGGGUGAUGAGAAAGGCCUCAAAUUUCCUUGUGUUUGGGACUGGUCUCUUCAGUUUACAAGCAGGGAUCGCCUGCUCUUCCACAACCCUUUGUAUAUUGGCAAGAGCGCGCCAUGUGUACAAAAUGGAGCAGUGAAAACUUUCAAACGCUCAAAGAAAAACUACAGCUCCACAUUGCGAGGUGUCCCCCCAGCACUAAAAAAUGGAAUCAUCAGUGAGCAAGAGUUCCUUCCAAGAAGAAACUCUCUGAUACUAAAACUGAAACCAGACUUUCUACAGCAAUCGGAGAGUCAGAGCAACAGUAUGGAGCAGUACUUCAGAGACUGGUUUGCAAAGCCCGUUGAUUUGCACGGCGUAAUUCUACCCCAUAUCUCUGGAACACAAAUAAAACUGUGGAAACUCUGCUACUUCCGGUGGGUUCCCGAGGCCCAGAUUAACCACGGUGGCUUCAUCACUGCUUUCCAUAAAGUUUCUUUGCUGGCAGAUGAAGUAGACAUGUUAAACCGGAAUCUUCGGCAGUACAAAAGCAACUCUUCUUUGCAAGGCAACUGCUCGGAACUGGAUCAAAGCAGGAUGUACUUCAGAGCAAAUAGUUUAAAUGACACUUCUGGGGCCCCAGACUUUCUCUCCUCCUCAUUCCCAUUUUCUCCUGUAGGGAACCUGUGCAGACGGAGCAUUCUGGGAACACCUUUAAGUAAAUUUUUAAGUGGUGCCAAAAUCUGGCUGUCCACUGAGACACUUGCAAAUGAAGAUUAAGAUGAUGCGAUGGCUUAAAGGUUUGGGGAGAACACAGCAUAUCAUUUUGUCUUUUCUAAGUUAACACUGCUAAAGGAGGUAUUGAAAGCUGUAAUAGUUUUUAUAUACAAACAUUACGUAAGUUUUGCACAAAUAUUUAAAAGCAAAGCGAGUGAUCCUUCAAAUCGCACAAUUUUGUCUUUAGUAGUUCUCAUCUGCUAGAACUUCUGGUCCCUAAUCCCUUCUGUGUUUUUGUGGUUUGGCUCAUUAUAUGCGAUGGAGCAUUUCAUUAGCUAAUUGAAAGGCUUGCUGUGGUCAUUAAUGAGGGUUCUGCUUGAAAUAUCUUUUUUCCCAGAUAGUGACUAAAGUGACUUGUGUCAAAACAGCUUGGCAGGUUUGAUUUAGGAGUUAGGUGCAGUGGACACAGGCCGACAGCUGAAAUCUGGGAACAAACUAUUUUACCAGAUUGCCUUUUUAGGAAGAAUACUUAUGCAUACAUACAUACAUACUAAUGUUCUGUGACUUGAUCACUUUACAUCUGUGUUAAUGCAGUGUGUAUCCAUGGAGGGGGGGGUGGGGGGGUCCCUUCUCUUUCUCUCCCCAAAAUGUAUUCAUUAACAAUUAGUCAGAUUUAUGCUCCUUGUCAUUAGCUUGAAUUUAGACUAUAGGAAUCAACUUCAGGACGAUGCACUGUUAACCUUAAAACAUUUACUGUAGAUUUAGUAAUGUAGUAGCUUUAGAAGUGCCUUUAAUUGGGAGGAAACAGUAGCAAGGUUACUCUAAUGCAGCUGACCUCUCAACUUCUUAUAACAGACUGUUAUGGUAAGUUCUUGUUCCAACACCUGCCUCCCCCACUCCAUUUCUGGAAAUAACAGGCUGCCUACUCAAGAGAUGGCAAGUUUUUCCUCUUUAAGGUUAAUCUUGUUUGUAGGUCUCACGAGAGCCUCACUCUUUCAUGUAAGCACCUCAGAUACUCAGCAUUAUAUCCCUGCAUGGAUCCUGAUCCCUGCCAGCCCUCUCUUCUUCCUGUUGUAGGAUGAAGGAGCUCUCAGCAGAAUUCAUACUGAAGCGCUGCUGGUCCCAGAAAGGAGGACAUGCUCGAGGUGGCCAAAUCCGUGGGGGUGCUAGUGCUGUUGUCACUUGUAGGCAGGUGCUGGGAGGAGAGAGGUUCGUGGUGCCUUCUUUCUGCGUACUGCAUGUCCAGAUGGACAGGGCAAUGGACAACCACUGCUUGAGGGAAUGAAACCCAACAGGCUCCCUCGGCUUAAUGCAGCAGCCUCCUCUUUGCUCUAAAACCUUUUAAAUGAUACCUCUCCCCAGAUGCUAUGCCAGAAAGAGCCUCAAGUUUCAUAGGGAGAAAAAAGUAUACUGGGAGGGUGGAGGAAUAGUAAUGUGUCACUCUCAUAGGUUAAGGCUUCUGUUGACUACCUUCACUUAACAGCGAGGCUGCAUUUUGUAUUGACUGAUGGCUGUGUGAAACACAAACGGUAUCGAACCAACCCUGCGCUGCUUUUCAGGUGCUGACUCACAAAGUCAGGCACCGAAGGCCUCGUGUGGGAGGCUAGAAGCUAUUCUCAGUUAUCAGGGGGGCAGCUGUAUGAGGACAAUACACAGGUUUUUUUUAAAAAAGGCAGGGAGGGAUAGAAUUGCGAGCUCUUCAUUUGUUUCUAAAACCAAACUGGUCUUCAGCACAGCCUAAAUCACAGUGUGCGUUUUGGAUAUCUAAGAUUGCUCAAGUGUUUAUUUCAGAGAAUAUGCAUCUGGAGUGGCCUUACAGGCGCUUGUGUCAGAGAAGCGUGGUGCACACAGCACCAUAUUUCCCCGGGCUAGAAGCUACCUGACCUGCAGAGCUGUUGGGGGGCACUGGCUAUGCCGCCUUCUCACACGGUCUUCGGUUUGGUGGGGAUAAGGGGGCAGUUUCAUUGUAAAGGUGAGCUCAUGGGGUGGGGGGGUAGACUUCCUUUUUAACUAACCAACCCCCCAGAAACCUGUUUUUAUGCAAAGAAGCUGAGUGUGUGCGUGCAUGUGCACGUGUGCAUCUGCAUGCAGCCACGCACAUGCGUGUUAGGACAAAAUGCCAGAUUGGUUCUGGUCAACUGUUUGUGAGGAGAAAACGUGUAUUCACCUCAAUUGCCUAAUUAUGCUGCAAGAUGGUCUGAGCAUGUUAAAUGGUCCACAAACUAGUUGUGUUUAUUUACAAGCUUGCUGGAGCAGUUAUCUAACUUCUUCAAUUUAUUAUUCAAAUGUUUGUAUUAGUUUGCUUUUGUGAUUAUUUUUUUUUUUUUUCCCCCAUUAGCUUACAGCUUUCCCUGGUCUGAUACUUGACAUAAAAGACCUCAACCUGUGUGCUUAGUGUCUUUUGGUACCAAUUUUUUUUCUUUUUAAAAUUACAGUUAAAACUAUGGUGUCUCUUUUUUUUUUUUCCUUAAAAGUAUCUCUUUUUGGUUUAAAGGUACCAAAAAUGUGUAAAUAAUUAGUCCACACAGGCAGCUGGUGGAAUAAAAAAAAAA